UUAAAAUUUAAAAAAAAAAACAAAAAACAAGAGAGAAGCAAGAAGAGGAACGUUUUAUUGAAGCAACGGAUAUCCGAUAACAUAGGGAAAUCGUCCUUGUUUGGUAGCUCAAAGCAAUUCGGAUACAAAAAUGUCUGCUAAUUUCUGGACUUCAUCUCACUACAAAGAACUUCUAGAUCCUGAAGAGGUGGAUGUCGUGCAUCAGCUUGAUAAGGAGAGGGGCAUUACCCUUGAAGAUUUCAAGCUCAUCAAAUUGCAUAUGUCCAAUUAUAUUGCAAGAUUGGCUCAAAAUGUCAAAGUGAGACAAAGGGUUGUCGCCACUGCCAUUACUUACAUGAGACGGGUGUACAUCAGGAGAAGUAUGACGGAAUACGAUCCUCGUCUGGUUGCUCCAUCUUGCUUAUAUUUGGCAUCAAAAUCAGAAGAAAGCACUGUCCAGGCCAGACUUCUUGUAUUUUACAUCAAAAAAUUAUAUUCAGAUGACAAGUAUAGGUAUGAAAUAAAAGACAUACUUGACAUGGAGAUGAAAAUCUUGGAAGCCCUCAAUUAUUACUUAGUUAUAUUCCAUCCAUAUCGAUCAUUGUCUCAGUUGUUACAGGACGCUGGCAUGAAUGAUACAGCUCAAUUAACAUGGGGACUUGUGAAUGACACCUAUAAGAUGGACCUAAUUCUCAUACAUCCGCCGCACUUGAUUGCAUUGGCAUGUGUAUACAUAGCAAGUGUGCUCAAAGAUAAAGAAACUACUGCCUGGUUUGAGGAGCUUCGAGUUGAUGUGAAUGUGGUGAAAAACAUAGCAAUGGAGAUACUAGACUUUUAUGACGGCCACAAAAUGAUUACAGAUGAGAGGGUUAGUGCAGCGAUGAGCAAGCUAGUUGGAAAGUAGGAGGUGCUACAGCAGAUGAGAGCCUCGGGUUAUGUCAACCUAAUUGUCAAUGGGUCUGUUGGACAAAUUUAUUAGUAUCAUCCUCUGAGCUCUAAGUCCUGUGCGUGGCAAAGACAACCUUUUCACCGCUCGUUCCUGGAUUCCACCUUCACACAAACGUUUGGCGUUGCUUCACUUCACAAUGAGUUCCUUAAUACUGCCAUACUGGCAUAUCAUCUAACUCUUACCCUUCUUCGUGGCUUGCUCUUUUGCUGUACACCAGUCAUAUUUUAGUUUAAAAGGAAGGAUAUCAAAGUGUUACGACGUCUCCUAUUUUCAUCAGAACCAAAAUAGUUUCCUUUUCAGCAACUAAGUGUUGACCUUCUUCGUGCAUCAUCUUACGGACAAAGCCACAACACAGUUGGUUACAAUACAGAAGCAGACGAUGUACUGAACCUGACAAACAUGAGCACAUGUAUAAUGUCACAUUAACGUCUGGCAAAAAAUUCCAUGUGUUCAUAUGGAAACUCCAAAAAGUAGUAGCGUACAUAGGCUUUUUUGUCAAGUGGUAUCGAUAAUAAUCUCAUGAUAGAAUUUGAAAUUGUUUUUAUCCAUGUUUGAUUAUAGGUAUUAGUUAACUUGGGGAUAAGUUUUACAUUAAAAUAAUAGGAUUAGCUAUCUCAUAUGAAAAGUGGAAUAGCUAAUUCCAUAGGAUAUUUAUCUCA